GCCAAGGUGCCUACUCUGAGUCACGACACGUUGGGAGGUUAUAUAUUCCGCCACGCACGUCGAUAGGUGCAUUUAAAGAGAUCUGUGAGGGAGAGGGUGUCGGCCACGCAGGAGAGGAGGCACGCGACAGAACAACAACAAAAACAACGCACCGACACGACACCAGGAAUCUUGUUUUGCAGCCUAGAGAUGUCCCACGUACAGUUAUCUAGCAGCGCGCUGGAGAGGCUGGUGGCCCGCAGGACCUUUCCCCUCCACAGGCGCACCGGCGUCUGCCGCAACCUCUUCGGCCCGGUGGAUCAUGACGAGCUGAGCCGGGACAUGAAAGCCAAGCUGCGGGAGGUUGCCGAACGGGACCAGCAGAGAUGGAACUUUAAUUUUGAGGCCAACACCCCUCUGGCCGGGGAUUACGAGUGGGAAGAGGUGUCCGCGGAGAAAACACCUGCGUUUUAUCUGGGAUCUGCGCAGCAGAGCGGCAGGGACCUGGAGCCGCCAACGCCCGUGAAGCAGCGGCCCUCCUUGGACUCCGACGUCCCGGAGACGGACGCCCCCGGGGACGUCAUGGAGCGCUUAGCGGCGCCAGGGAGCAGCACCGGUCCGGCGGAGACGAACCAGGAGAACCGAGCCGACAAACUUAACUCAGGGAGUCCUAGACGGGUUCCGUGUGUCCGACGUAAGAGGACGUCCGCGGCUGACAACAACACGCACAUCACAGACUUUUUCGUGAAACGAAGGAGGGCUGCUGAUAUGAUGAUCUCAGGUGACACUCGCCACCUUUCCAAGUCUCCAAUUCCGCUGGAACAAACUCCCAGGAAGAGGAUCCGCUGAAGGUGCUCCCUUCUCUUAACCCUUUUGCACUACUUUCUCUGCGCAUUGUGAGGAUUUAUCCGAGCGGAGAGGAGCGCGUUCAGAGGACGGACGGGUCCCAGACAGGUCCCGGUGUCUCCAGACGGAGCCUCCUCAGAGCCGGACCUCAGAACAGGACCGGACUCAGGACUGAGCGGUUUGGGUUUGGAGGGGAGGAACAAAACCAGUACAAAUGUAGCAUUGUUGCUUUCCAGCCACUCGACAGUGUUAAAAUGUUUUAACAUCUGUGCAAUCCUACAAGUUUUCUUUAAAAGAAUCUUCUACACUGGCCAAAAGUGUACAGCUUUAUAGAGACGUUUAUUUCUGUUCCGGGUUGUUGUUUCUGUAAAUGUAAUAAUUUAAGUUUAUUCUAACUUAUAACUUAUUUAUGCAUCUCUUUCAUUUGCUAAAUGCCUUGUUCGUUUUUGUUAUUCACCUUUUUAUUUGAAACGUGACGUUUUGCAAUCGUGUAGCUUUAGUGAUCACACUUGAAACUCUAGAUGUCUUUGUCUCGUGUGUGUUUGUUCCUUUAAGUGCCCUGAUUGUGUCUUGUAAAAUGUGGGAAUAAAUAUCUUUCUACUUUCUAAA